GAAUGCUUCUGCGUUCUGUAUGAUGUCAGAUGCGGAAACUCCAAAAAAUGAUACAGAAACUGUAUUAAAUUGUGUUAAAACUCAUGGUAUUGAGAGCUCGGAUCCUGUAUUUUGCAGAGGAUCAGUUGAAGGUGCUGAUAAUAAACGUCUAAAGUUGUCCAUGUUAAAUGAUGCUCCUGCAGAAACUGAUGCUGAGCAUCAUGUAAAACAAGAUUCUCUUAAUGUUAGUGAGCAGUCCACUAAUUUGAACCGCAUUGCAGCCGAUGAACUCAGAUUCUGACUGUGUGGAGGGAAUUGGUGGUUGUUCACCUAAUGAUGACACCCGUGUCCAGCUUGACAGUGCAGAUGGUGGCGGUGAUGAAACAAAUAAGACGAAGCAUCUCCUAUUACCUGAGAAUAACCACGACAGUAAGCGGACUGAGUUUGUGGAAGAAGCAUGUUCACCAUUGCUCUCGGGCAAUACUCCUGCAAAGGUUCUGAAUAGCGGUCAUCGUCAUUCUAUACUUCAUUCUGCUUCUAUAUCUUAUGGCCACAUAGAAGAUAGAACUGUUUCAAUCACUCAGUCUACCUCAUCAUUGACUGACGGGGCAUAUGGUGCAAAAGCAUCGCCUCCAAGUUCUUCCAUAUGCAACUUAGCUUCAUUAGACAGUAAUAAUGAACAUAAUAGCUCUUCCAGUACAGAUGUCCAGUUGCAUCAAGAAAAGGCUAAACUUUCUGGAAAAUGUACCAGCAAAGAUGAAUCUUUGUCAUCCUUUCAAGCAAUCAUUAGAUCUUUGACGAGAACCAAAGAGAGCAUAGGCCGAGCUACACGGAUAGCAAUUGACUGUGCGAAACUUGGUUUUGCAACUAAGAUAGAUUUUUCUUAUAGUGCAGAUCAUUUUGUAGCCCCAAAUUUUGCCAAGACCUCAUUUAGUUUGAAUAAUUUGCCUUCAUUUCAGCGCCCUUGAGCCUUUUACUUGUCU